AUCAGAGAAACAUGGCAGCUCCCAUGGUUAGGUGGUUGCGGGGAUUGUACGUCUUCUUUUUGACGUGCCUCCUCCCUGUCGGCGCCUUCUUAAAUUUAGAAGAGCUAAACGAAAUGAAAUAUGGAAUUCAGAUUCUGUCAGACCCCGUAAUCAUGGGUCAGGAGCAGUCAGAGGAUGUGAUGCUGGUGAGCAAUAAGUAUAAGCAGCGGUAUGAGUGUCGGCUCCCAGCCCAGGCCCUCCUCUUCCAGCCUCACUCCCCCAACGAAGCCCCCUCCUCUGGGUCCGGCAGCAGCUACAGCGGCCCCUCCAUCCCCGAGAUGCUGGAGCCUAUGGGCACUUCUCCCUGCCUCGUUAAGACAAAGGACUGGUGGACUUAUGAGUUCUGCUAUGGGAAGUACAUCCGGCAAUAUCACCUAGAAGACUCUGAGAUCAAAGGGGAUGUGCUUUUCCUCGGGUACUAUGGCUCUGAGUUCGACUGGACCAAUGACACUGCCAAGGCCUCCAAACAGCACCGCCUCAGGCGCUUCCACAGCCAGUCUUACAUCAACGGCUCCAAGUGUGACCUGAAUGGCAACCCCAGAGAAACAGAAGUCCGGUUUGCAUGUGAGGAAGGUUCAGUGGACUACAUAGUCCGUGUAGAUGAGCCACAGUCGUGUCGCUACGUGGUGACGAUCCACACCAGCCGGCCAUGUGCCCACCCCCUCCUGCGCCCGCCCCCCUCCACACGACCACAGCCAAUCGUCUGCCAGCCCGCACUCAGCGCAGGACAGUACAUGGACUAUGUCAAAGCACAAGUCUCGGAUACCAAGCGUAAGGUGGAACAGAUCUCUGAGGAGCUGAAGACGCUGGAUGAGAUCCUGUCAAAAGACGAGGGGGCAGACGACGACUCAGAGAAGACAGAGGAGGCCCUGGAGGAGGCAGACACUCAGGCUGCAGAAUCAGUCGUGGAAGAGAACAAUAACAUCUUGGAGAGUGUAGUGAAGACUGCUGAGCAGAGGGCGGAAGCAGAGGCUGAGGCUGCUGCUGAACAGGCUGUGGAGCAAGUGCAGGACAAUGAAGUGUUUGGAGAGGAGAAGUUCAAUUUUAGGAUCAUCUCUGAUCCCGCUGACUUGAUGAAGUUUGUGCAACACCUUCGUGAGAGCAGUAAGAAGAAGUCAGAGAGCGAAGAGGAGGAGGAGGAAGAGGAACAGCGUGUGUCGAAGAAGAAGAAAAAAGAAGUGAAGAAAGAAGGGGUGGGAAAAGCCAAAGAAGAGGAUGAUGAUGACGAAGCAGCAGUUGAUGACGACGAAGAGGAUGAUGAUGAUGAGGGCCUGUUUCAGGAGUUUGAGCAAGAAAUAGCUGAUCUGUCCAUCCCCGAGGAGAAGAGGAAGGAGAUCAAAGAGGAGAUGCAGAAGGAAUUCAGUAACAUCAUCGAUGAGGCCCAGCAGGAGUUGGAGUCGGAGGGUCUGAAGGGUGAGUUCGACCGCUCGCAGGCCACGCACACGCUGGAGAACACACUGGACAAGCUGCUGGACCGCCUGCAGGAUAAGGGAGACGAGGAGGAGCAGACGCCCAACACACACACGCCUACGCCGCCGCACACACAGACACACACACCCACAGAGGAGGACGCCGAUACCACGCCGGUCGAUCACAACACAGCAGCCGAGGGGAAAGGGAAGAGGGAAAAGCCCUCCGAUGCAGCCAGCCGCGCUUCCAAACACCCAGAGCGUGGGGAUGUUGGCGAGGUUGACCAGGUGAGGAUCAGGGUGACGAGGUAUAAGCUGGGUGGCGGUGGCACCUCCGUCGCAGGAGGAGCAGGAGCAGGAGCAGGAGCAGGGGAGGAGGAGCAGGAGGAGGUGAAGGAACUGGGGGAGAGCGACCCCCAGUGGCGGCAGAUACAAGAGGCAGUCAAAGAGCAGCUAGAGAAGGCAGGCAUCAAGGCACAAGGGAAGAUCGAGGUAAAGAUUCUGAGUCGUAAGACUGUGGAGGAGGCAGGAGACCAGUGGCUCAGUGAGGAGGACACCAAGAGCUUCAGAGAACUGCUCAUCAACCUACUGACGGGCGGGACAGAGGAGGUAUAUAAAGAACAGAAGAGGCAGCAGGAGUUGGAGGACAACUACAAGUUCGUCUGGGGCGGAGAGCAGCCCGACGAGAGCCAAUCGGUGAGCUCGACUGACGGCCAGACCACAGUCGUGACGGACACGGACGACUUGGAACUAUGAGUCUUCCUUCCACUGGACAGCCGUUUUUACUGCAACACUUUCUCCUCCCUUCCGAGGAAAAAAAAGCUGCCUAUUCCCUCUCCCCACAGCCCACAACGCCCUCAAGCUAAUGGCCUUUGUGAGUCAAUUCUCCCUGCGGACUAUAAUUGAUUGGUCUGCGCCCAUCCUUAAUCCCCUUAAUUGGUCUCAGUGUUAUUUUAACCUUCACAGGUGCGCUGCCCUGUGUUCAGGUGAGGUCCGCAAAGCAUCAUGGGAAAUGUAGUUCAUAGGAAUGUUGGCUAAUGUAGUGCUGAUGAAGCCCCAUAGAUACAAACACAGACACUGCAUUGACCACUCUUGUAUCGGAACGAAUAGCUGAAGCCACCAUGUUUAGCUGAUAUAAUGCUGCCAUCAGUUGGUGAGAAGGCAGUAUGCACAUUGUCCUGUAGGUGGCGGUAACACAACAUCUACGAAAAACAUGGGAUACCGGCCCAGUAUUGGGCCACACCAAAAGGCUGAACAUGGCAUCUAGUGUUGAUAUCUAUGAUGCAGCCCCUGGAAAUCACUUCAUCAGGACUCAGUCCUCCUCUGUAAAGAUAUCCAAAUCAAAACUUGCACUGUUUUGUUCUUUUUUGUUUGUUUGUUUUUUUUGCCCUGGCUUGCACACUUUAAUCUGCCGGAAUGUGAAAAAAGUAGUUGAAUCCAGAUUUAAAAAUAUUAUGCUGUGUCACAUUGUGUCAAAGGGCUUUUCUAUGUAAACUUUGUAUAUAAUUCUAGUUUGUUAGUUUGUACAGAAUUUUGUGUGUGUGUGUGUGUGUGUGUGUGUGUGUGUG